GGUGCAGCUCGUGUGCGGGGUUAAAAGCGGCGGGCGGUGCGCCGGGGCUCCAGUGUGGGUGCGUUCGAACCAGGAGACACAGAAAAGUUAUCAGCGGGAUUGUGAACCUGCAGCAGCAGCAGCAGCAUCAUGGCCAACAAAGCCCAGCAGCCUCCUCACCUGCACCUGGCGGAGGUCACCGCGUCCCAGUUCCUGGACAUCUGGAAACACUUCGACAAUGACGGUAACGGCUACAUCGAGGGGAAGGAGCUGGAAAACUUCUUCAGGGAGCUGGAGAUGGCCCGGAGAGGAGCAGGGGUGGACCCUUCAAACCCCACAUUCAGAGAAAAGAUGAAGGAGUUCAUGCAGAAGUUUGAUAAGAACAAAGAUGGACGGAUUGAGAUGUCGGAGCUGGCCCAGAUUCUCCCAACUGAAGAGAACUUCUUGCUGUGCUUCAGACAGUUUGUCAGCUCCAGUGCUGAGUUCAUGGCGGCAUGGCGGCGAUAUGAUACAGAUCGCAGUGGUUAUAUUGAAGCAAAUGAAUUGAAGGGCUUCCUGUCAGACCUGCUGCAGAAGGCGAACAGACACUACGACGACCAGAAGCUGCAGGAGUACACACAGACCAUACUCAGGAUGUUUGAUCUGAAUGGAGAUGGGAAGCUGGGCCUGUCAGAGAUGGCCAGGCUUCUUCCUGUUCAGGAGAAUUUCUUACUCAAAUUCCAGGGUGUCAAGUUGACCACUGAGCAGUUCAAUGCCAUCUUCACAUACUAUGAUAAGGAUGGGAACGGCUACAUCGAUGAGCAGGAGUUAGAUGCUCUGCUACGAGACCUUUACCAGACAAACAAGAAGGAGGUGGACCUGAAGAACCUGACGGGCUACAAGCAGAGCAUCAUGAGCCUCUCUGAUGGAGGGAAGCUCUACCGCGGCGAGCUGGAGAUCGUCCUCUGCAGGGAGCCCAUCGUGUGACUUUCUCCUCUCUCGUUGCAUAUCAUCAUUUUCUCUGUCUGCCCCGUCCUGCUCUCCUGAGACCACCCCUCCUCCACCUCCAGCUGCCUGGCAGUGUAUACCAGGUGCAUGUGCCGGACACUCCCACCUCCCCCUCCCCAUCAUGUCCCUACCAACCCGCCCCUAAAGUUGCAUCUUCAGAACGAAUGAUAAGUGCACUGGCAGCACGCAACAGCUCUUCUCUCUCAAAACCCCCAUUUUCUGCAGCCUGACCCUCUCCACCCAGACCAUGACCUCUCUGACAACCUCUAGCUUUUUGCCUUCUCGACUCUCCCGACCGCGUCCUUUACCGUUUCUGACCUCAUCCCCGUCUCUGCUGUGCCUGACUUGCAACUCCUGACCAAAAUCCAAAACCCCUUACUCCACAGAAAUGACCAGUUGAUAAAUCCUGAACCUUGACCCAAGCUUCAUUGACCUUCCAUCCCCCUCUGUCAACUUUGCAUUAGAUACAAUAUAUAUAUAGAGAGAGAGAGAGAACAGACAGCUCUAUUUGGAAUUUAUUGAAUUUAUAGUCUGUGAUGGAACCGAUAUUGAAUUUUCCACUUCUUAUUGUCCCGAUGCCCUUUUAUUCCAUCAAAACUCCUCUGUCCCAUUGCCAUGAUAUGAUUUUCAUUUUCAAUGAUUGUUUUUGGCUGAUACUGUCAAUUGGAAAUAUUAAUAAAAUCUGUUAAGAUAAAA